UUGGCCGCGCCAAGGCGGGAGUCUUGAGCCGCCCUGGUGGGGCCAGAGCGACCUACCUUGCUCUCCCCUCACAGGGCGCGUGUCUUCUGCGGGAUCCUCUCCGGUGCGUCUGGACGGAAAGGCUUAUCAAAACUGCUGAAUAUGAGACGGUCAGCAGCACCAAGUCAGUUGCAGGGGAAUUCCUUCAAAAAACCGAAGUUUAUACCACCAGGAAGAAGUAAUCCAAGCCUGAAUGAAGAGAUUAUGAAACAGAGUGCAGAUAUAAAAGUAUUUGAGGUUGCUUCAAAUAAGAAUACCUUUCUUCAGUCACAAAAUGAUCCUGGAACAGGAGGUAGUAGGGAAAUUAAUCUUGGGGAUAAUUACAGUGGAAAAUACUGUUUUGAAGCAUCUUCAGUGGCAAUAGUAGACCCACAUCAUACAGUUUAUUCAGUUCCUAGAGAAGUAACAGAAUCUAAAGGUCAAGAAGAGGAACCUGAUAACCUAGUUAAAUAUUUCAGUGUUGUUUGGUGUAAGGCUUCAAAGAAAAAGCACAAAAAGUGGGAAGGUGAUGCAGUUCUUAUUGUAAAAGGAAAGUCAUUGACAUUAAAGGAUUUGGAAGGCAGAGACAUUGGAAGAGGCACUGGAUAUAAAUUGAAAGAGCUUGAAAAGAUUGAAGAGGGCCAAACAAUGAUGAUUGGUGGAAAGGAAAUAGAAGUGAUGGGUAUAAUCUCUCCAGAAGAUUUCAACAGUGGCAAGUGCUUUCAGCUUGGAGGAGGAAGUCCUGCUAUGUCGACUCCUCAAGCUGCCAUGAAGUGUUUCUCUAACCCUUUCAAACAAGUCUGUAAACCAAGUUCAAAGGAAAAUAAACAGAAUGGUUUCCAAAAUUGUAAGCCACGUCAUGACCCACAUGCACUAAAUUCCCUUGUUAUGCUACGACCCGACAAUAAUCACCAGCGGCUGUUCAAUAAGAGCCGUUUGCCUGUUGUGGAUGUAGUGAUAGAUCCUCACCUUGUGUAUCAUCUUCGACCACAUCAGAAAGAAGGAAUCAUAUUUCUUUAUGAAUGUGUAAUGGGAAUGAGAGUUAAUGGCAGAUGUGGAGCUAUUCUUGCUGAUGAAAUGGGAUUAGGGAAAACACUGCAAUGUAUCUCACUCAUCUGGACUCUACAGUGUCAGGGGCCCUAUGGAGGCAAGCCAGUUAUAAAGAAGACACUUAUCGUCACACCUGGAAGCUUGGUGAAUAAUUGGAGGAAAGAAUUUCAAAAAUGGUUAGGAAGUGAAAGGAUCAAGAUAUUUACUGUUGAUCAGAACCACAAAGUAGAAGAAUUCAUAAAAUCUCCAUUUUAUUCUGUUCUUAUCAUUAGUUAUGAAAUGUUGCUUCGUUCCCUGGAUCACAUCAAGAAUAUAAAAUUUGAUCUUUUAAUCUGUGAUGAAGGGCAUCGUUUGAAGAACAGUACCAUUAAGACAACUACAGCCCUCAUUAGUCUCUGUUGUGAGAAAAGAAUAAUUCUAACUGGUACUCCAGUUCAGAAUGAUCUCCAAGAGUUUUUUGCAUUAAUUGAUUUUGUAAAUCCGGGAGUAUUAGGCUCUUUGUCAUCUUAUAGAAAAAUAUAUGAGGAACCCAUCAUUGUAUCAAGACAACCUUCUGCUUCUGAGGAAGAAAAGGAGUUAGGAGAGAAAAGAGCAGCUGAACUUACUUGCCUCACUGGACUCUUUGUCCUUAGAAGAACUCAAGAAGUCAUAAAUAAAUACCUUCCACCUAAAGUAGAGAAUGUAGUCUUUUGCCGACCAGGAGCACUCCAGAUUGAACUUUAUCGAAAGCUGUUGAAUUCACAGGCUGUGAGGUUCUGUCUUCAAGGGCUGUUGGAAAAUAGCCCUCACCUAAUAUGUAUAGGAGCUCUUAAAAAGCUGUGCAAUCACCCCUGUCUUUUGUUCAACUCUAUAAAGGAAAAACAAUGUAACUCAACAUGGGAUGAAAGUGAAGACAGGAGUCUAUAUGAAGGCUUGAUAAAUGUGUUCCCUGCUGAUUACAACCCUCUCAUGUUUUCUGAGAAAGAGUCAGGAAAACUGCAGGUUCUGUCAAAGCUGUUAGAGGUUAUCCAUGAACUUCGUCCUACUGAAAAGGUAGUAUUGGUAUCCAACUAUACACAAACAUUGAAUAUUUUACAAGAAGUGUGCAGUCGUUAUGGGUAUGCCUAUGCAAGACUUGAUGGACAAACACCAAUCUCUCAAAGGCAGCAAAUUGUUGAUGGCUUCAAUAGUAAAUACUCCUCUGAUUUUAUUUUUUUGUUAAGUUCAAAAGCUGGUGGUGUAGGACUUAAUCUUGUUGGAGGAUCUCACUUAAUUCUUUAUGACAUUGAUUGGAAUCCAGCCACUGAUAUCCAGGCAAUGUCUAGAGUAUGGAGAGAUGGGCAGAAACAUCCAGUGCAUAUAUACAGACUCCUAACUACAGGUACAAUAGAAGAAAAGAUCUAUCAAAGGCAGAUCAGCAAACAAGGUCUUUCCGGGGCAGUUGUCGAUCUAGCUAAGACAUCUGAACAUAUACAGUUUUCAGUAGAGGAACUUAAAAAUUUGUUCACAUUACAUGAGAGUUCACAUUGUAUUACUCAUGAUUUGCUUGAUUGUGAAUGUACAGAAGAAAAAGGUCAUCCAGGUGAUUCAUUGGAAAAAUUUCCUCGCUCUAGCAAUUGUCAGCUUGGUCCACAUCAACAGAAGUCUAACGCUCUGAAACCUCUUUCCAUGUCACAGCUGAAGCAGUGGAAACAUUUUUCUGGAGAUCAUUUAAAUCUUACAGAUCCUUUUCUUGAAAGAAUAAGAGAAAAUGUGUCAUUCUUUUUUCAGAAUAUAACCAAUCAGACUACUGCUACAUGAUGAAAGUGUACUUCAUGAUAUUCCCUUUUCCCCCCUUUUAAAAUAUUUAUAUGCUAGUUAAAUGUGAUUUUCGAGAAUAGAAUUAUUUAAAUUACAAUGGUAUAUUUUGUUGCAAAAUAUAUUAUAGUUUUGACUCAAUAACCAAAUUGUUUGAGUUGUUUAAUUUUUUGUAUAUAUUCUUAAAUGUUGAAACAAUAAAGAUUUAUUUCUAUCAU